AUCCAGGACCGCCCACUUCUUUGUUAACGCUCCAUGUCAUUUAAGUGACGUGGCCGGCUGGUUGUUGGCAGUGUGGUGUGUCAGUUUCGUGUAUUUUACUAUUCAUUUUAAGGGGAUGAAGAUGAUAACUCUAUAACGUUCAUAAUUUCUAGUGAGAAAUUCUUUUAUUUUUAGGAAUAAGUGUGUACAAAGUGCGAGUGUACUCAUUGUAAUUCCAUUUAGUGAAAAUGACAACCUACGAAGAAUUUAUUCAACAAAAUGAAGACAGGGAUGGUAUCAGGUUUACUUGGAAUGUUUGGCCUUCUAGUCGGCUGGAAGCAGCACGGCUAGUUGUGCCUUUAGGGUGUUUGUAUCAGCCGUUAAAAGAACGUCCAGAUCUACCUCCAAUUCAGUAUGAUCCUGUACUCUGUACCAGGAAUGCUUGUCGUGCCAUCCUUAACCCUUUAUGCCAAGUAGAUUACCGUGCCAAGCUCUGGGUUUGUAAUUUUUGUUUCCAACGCAAUCCUUUUCCUCCUCAAUAUGCUGGUAUUACAGAGCAACAUCAGCCAGCUGAGCUUAUUCCUAUGUUUUCCACUCUUGAAUAUACCAUCACCCGAGCUCAGUGCUUACCGCCAAUCUUUUUGCUGGUGGUGGACACAUGUGUUGAUGAAGAAGAGCUGGGUGCUCUUAAAGAUUCAUUGCAAAUGUCCCUGAGUCUUUUACCACCAAAUGCUCUCAUUGGACUUAUCACAUUUGGCAAAAUGGUUCAAGUACAUGAAUUAGGAAGUGAGGGAUGCUCAAAAAGUUAUGUGUUUCGUGGAACAAAGGACUUAACAUCAAAGCAGAUUCAAGACAUGCUGGGCAUUGGCAAGUUCGCGAGCCCGCAGCAGGCGCCGCAGCAGCAGGGCCCGCCGCAGGCGCGCGGGCCGGGCGGCCAGCCGCUGCCGCCGGCCAACCGCUUCCUGCAGCCCGUGCACAAGUGCGACAUGAGCCUGACGGACCUGCUGGGCGAGCUGCAGCGCGACCCGUGGCCCGUGGCGCAGGGCAAGCGGCCGCUGCGCUCGACGGGCGUGGCGCUGUCCAUCGCCGUGGGGCUGCUCGAGUGCGCCUACCCCAACACGGGCGCGCGCGUCAUGCUGUUCGUGGGCGGGCCCUGCUCCCAGGGCCCCGGUCAGGUGGUGAACGACGACCUGCGCCAGCCCAUCCGCUCGCACCACGACAUCCACAAGGACAACGCGAAGUACAUGAAGAAGGGCAUCAAGCACUACGAGGCGCUGGCCAACCGCGCCGCCGCCAACGGCCACGCCGUCGACAUCUACUCGUGCGCUCUCGACCAGACCGGCCUGCUCGAGAUGAAGCAGUGCUGCAACGCCACGGGCGGCCACAUGGUCAUGGGCGACUCCUUCAACUCGUCGCUCUUCAAGCAGACCUUCCAGCGCGUGUUCGCGCGCGACCAGAAGGGCGAGUUCAAGAUGGCGUUCAACGGCACGCUCGAGGUGAAGGCGUCGCGCGAGCUGAAGAUCUCCGGUGCGAUCGGGCCGUGCGUGUCGCUGGGCACCAAGGGCCCCAGCGUGUCCGACACAGAGAUCGGCCUGGGCGGCAGCUGCCAGUGGAAGUUCUGCACGUUCAACCCGAACACGUCGGUGGCGCUGUUCUUCGAGGUGGUGAACCAGCACGCGGCGCCCAUCCCGCAGGGCGGGCGCGGCUGCGUGCAGUUCAUCACGCAGUACCAGCACUCGAGCGGGCAGCGGCGCGUGCGCGUGACGACGGUGGCGCGCAACUGGGCGGACGCCACCGCUAACCUGCACCACAUCAGCGCGGGCUUCGACCAGGAGGCGGCCGCCGUGCUGAUGGCGCGCACAGUCGUCUUCCGCGCCGAGACGGACGACGGGCCCGACGUACUCCGCUGGGUGGACCGCAUGCUCAUCCGCCUCUGCCAAAAGUUCGGCGAGUACAACAAGGACGACCCCAACAGCUUCCGCCUCGCAGAGAACUUUAGCCUGUACCCGCAGUUCAUGUAUCACCUCCGGCGUUCGCAGUUCCUGCAGGUGUUCAACAACAGCCCGGACGAGACGUCUUUUUACCGCCACAUGCUGAUGCGAGAAGACCUCACGCAAUCCCUGAUCAUGAUUCAGCCCAUCUUGUACAGCUACAGUUUCAACGGUCCGCCGGAACCGGUCUUGCUGGAUACGUCCAGCAUCCAGCCUGAUCGAAUCCUGUUAAUGGAUACUUUCUUCCAGAUUCUUAUCUUCCAUGGGGAGACCAUUGCGCAGUGGCGACAGCUUCGUUACCAAGAGAUGCCAGAGUACGAAAACUUCCGUCAGCUGCUGCAGGCUCCUGUUGAUGAUGCUCAGGAGAUUCUACAAACUCGCUUCCCCAUGCCUCGAUAUAUUGAUACCGAACAAGGUGGAUCUCAGGCGAGAUUCUUACUUUCAAAAGUCAAUCCAUCACAAACCCACAACAGUAUGUAUGCAUAUGGUACAGAGGGUGGAGCCCCGGUUCUUACUGAUGAUGUGAGUUUGCAAGUAUUCAUGGAGCACCUUAAAAAGUUAGCAGUAUCAUCGACCGCCUAGCCCUCUGCUGGUUCGGAUUUGCAUGGGUGGUAGUUAGCCCAUGAUGGAAUUCACUCGUUCCCUGACACACUCGCACAGACAUGCACUAGGCUUCCGUUCCCAGUUCUGUGGCCUUAGCCGCCUAUAUCUAAAUGUACAUAUUACAAUUAAAUAAUUGAAUUUGAACACUUCUUUGUUGUUCCGUUGUGUUGUGUGUACCUCAAAUGGAAGGAUCUUUUAGAUCUAAGAGGUACUAGAUGAUCAAAUGUAUAUUGGGUUUCUGGCACAUAAUAUAGUUAUUAUCCACUUCAACUAUUACUGCUUAUAAGAGGAAGGAAUAAAACAAUUACUUGUGAUUAUGGUGGCCCUAAUGUCUAUGGUGAGAGCCAGAGCCCUUUCCCUCAGAUAGCCAGCAUUUGCCUUAUGGUAUUAUGGACAGUGUGUAUGUUAUACUGAGUGGUAGUUGUGAAUGUAAAUUAGUUAAUGCAAUCUGUUGUGUAUGUGUAAUUAAAAUUGUAUUGGUCAAAUAAAUUAUAUUAUGUUGCCUUAGUAUUGGGUGGGAAAGGGUUUUGGUAAAUAUUCUUUAUUUUACUGUUUUACUUGUAAUGUAUGAUGGUUGUGUUUUACACCACAAAAUCACAAAUUGCCUGAAGAGAUGUAUAAAACAAUGCCAUUAUUGAUGUACAGUAUAAAUCUGAGAAAUACAAUUUUUUGAGGUAGUGUCGUCUUUAAUUCUUUAUUUCCUCCACUUAUUUUAAUUGUGGCUAUAUUCAACUUUCAUGAUAAAUUUGAAUUUCUCAUGGAGCAAGCUCUACAGACCACAGUCGAUUCCUGAAGCUUCUGGCAAAAAAUAUAGGUUCAUACUUGUAGGAAAACUUACCAAAGGUCAAAUUCUUAGUUUUUCUAGUAUGCAUACAUAUAAAAUUUCAAGUAACUUUUUUGUUCUCAAAUAUAAUCCUGGUUAAUCGACUAGAACGUAAAAUUAUUUCAGGUGGGAUAGCAGUUUAUGUCGUAAUUGUGAAGUGAAAUGUCUGAUUUUUGCAUUGUUUGUCCAAAAAAGAAAGAUUCAAUGUAGUGGUUUAAAACUAAACUUAUCACACUUUUUGUGUGUGGCACCAGUAAUAUUUUGUUUGCUUGUUAGUUAGGAAGUGCUUGUUUGCCAUUCUGUUGGAAGACGUGUCAGAUACAAUGGUCAUGUGUGUUGGAACUGUGAUGUUAAUAGAAGUUAAGAGUUAUGAAAAUAUUUGAAUAUAUAAUUAGUUCAGAAAUAAAAAUUAAUUACCAAGCAUUCUUAAGUUUGAAACUUAUAUUUAUUUUCAAAGCAUACUUUACCAGUAAGUUUGGAAGGCACUAAAACUGUCCAGGUAACAAUAUAUUAUGAAGGUUGUCACACACAUAUAUUCGGGAGCAGUGCUUUUAUUUAUGAGACAAGUCCAUAUUCUAAUUGCUUUCAUGCGUGAUAAUUAAGGAUGAGGUGCAGUACUUCUCAAUGUGAGUUGGAAAAUAAUAUGCAGUGUGUGAUUCUUUGUUUUUCUGAAUAUUGCAAGUUUUCAAAGUAAAUUCUGUUCUUUAGCAAGGCUUGCAUCCAUGCAGGUCCCAUCAUGAAAAUAUUGAUAUGAUUAUAAAUGAAAAAUUGGCACUUCGUUUCUUCCAGGUUUUCGUUUCAAUCUUAAAUUUUAUACUGCAAAAGUGCCAUCUCUGCCAUACUGCCCAAUUGUCAAUUUCAAGCCAUCUUAUAUUUUUCUUAUUUUCACAGUAAUUUUACUGUGAAAAGACAAAUAUCAGAUGGCUUCUUCGCCAUAUAGAAUUCAUAUGUCUCUUUAUUUAAUGUCAAAAUCUGUUAAAAACUGUGUGAUGAGCUAUGGGGAAAAGUGUAUUCUGUGCACAUUUUCUAAAAUUCUGGGAUCCCUACCCAAACCCAUAUACAAGUUGAAUUCUGAAUACAAAUGAAAUGUGCAUUUUUGUCAAGAAUUGAUAUUUUACACCAGUGUAAUAAAACUAUUUGCUAAGGCAAAUCAAUUACAUUAUGCACCCAGGGAAUUAAUGUUUUCCCCCUUGUUUAAAUUACAACAAUAAAAGCAAAUACUAGGGGGCAGAUUUUAAUAAUAUGUCAUUUUUUUCUGUUCCCUUUAGAAUAAUGCUG